UGCAGUGGGACAAAAUGGUGGCAAUUACAGACUUUCUGCUGGUUGGUCUCGCAAUUUUAUCGACAAAUGGUAUAUCAGGUUGGCAUACACCUGAGCCAGGUACGCAGGAGAUCUUCAACUACGAGUUCUUUCCUAAAAUGCAACAUAGAUUCACUAUGUCAGACAUACAUAGCCAGAAAGAUCGUUGUUAUUGGUUACAAGCUUGCAUAUGUCGAGACGAAUCUGGAUACACAAAUGGUUCGUACAAAUUAAUGGUUAAUUGCACACAAAGUGGUCUAAAGGACGUUCCUUGGUUCAUUCCUAACACAACAACUGUUCUCACACUUGAUGGAAACUUGAUACAAAAAAUCAAACCGGGAGUUUUCAAGAACUUAAUCCAUCUAAAAUACCUCGAUUUAUCAGAUAACAUUGUGGACACACUCAGCAAAGGUGUGUUUGAAGGACUUAAAAAUCUUCUUACACUUGAAAUUAGUGGGAACAAAAUACGUUACGAUAACCCUUCUUUAUCACGUGCCGUUUUCAAACCGCUUAAAAAACUUGUACGUUUAAAUCUGCACCAAAAUUUAAACAGCGUUGAUAAAAAUGAAAAAUAUCCGACAAAGGCAUUAUCUCAUCUAGUGUAUUUGAAGCAUCUUUUGAUUGAUGGUAUAGAAUCUGAAAAUAUUUCAAAUGCUUUUUCGUUUAUGACGAAUUUAAAGACACUUGAACUGAGCAGCGAAUAUGGUAGGUGCAAUUUGAAAGAAAUAACUGCCACUAUGUUUAAGAACUUAAAAGAUAUUACUGAUUUAAGAAUCAGUAACUGUAGCCUAAACUAUGUUGAGAAAGGAAGUUUUUCUGGAAUGAAAAGUUUAACCAACCUUGACUUGUCAUACAACGAGAUAUUGCAUUUUAAAAGCUUAGCUAAUGUAACAUAUGGCUUACAAGGAAAGAACAUUACAGACCUGAAACUGGUGAAAAUACACGAAACGUACGGGGACUGUACUCGAAUAGAAGCUGACCAUCUUGCCUAUUUUAAAGAUGUACAAGUAGAUAAUGUAUACCUAGACAACAACCGCCUAGCUUAUGUGAGCGAGGACGCCGUGCAGAAUAUCCCUAGAAGCAUACACAAACUUUCUGUAACAAAUAAUAUGCUUCUAGCUGGCGAAUACAUACACAAGAUAUUUGAGAAAUCGGUUUUUCAGAACCUGAGGUACCUUACCAUGGCUGAGCAAAACAUGAACUAUGACGCCCUUAAGUUUUUUAAUAAUAAAUCAAGACACAUGUUGAAAUCAAUAACUGGUGCAUCUAGUUACUCUGAAUCAGCGUCCGAAGACAAUGCAGUUAGAAAAUAUGAACAAGUACGUCAAAGUAUUUUACCAAAUAACACGUUAGACAAGGAGACGCUUCCUUUUUGUGCCAACUGUUACUUACAGGAUAUCCGUUAUGACAUUAUUCUAUAUUUUCCUGCAGACUUGAAGGACCUGGAUUUCAGUGGACUACGAAUUAGAAACGAACUGAAAAACAUUUGCAUUUGUGAACCGAACUCACUGAUGAGAAUCAAUUUAGAAAGGAAUAUAUUCUGGAAUUGGCAAGGGCCAAUCGGUGGACUUUCAAAUUUGUUAAACCUAAAACUUUCCUGGAAUUCAUGUGACAACUUGUCUAAGGAUGUUUUCGAUCAGAUGACAAGUUUGAUUGAAUUGAAUCUAACGCGAAAUUUUAUUGAGCGCUUUUUAAGAGAAGACACUGAAGGACGUAUUUUCAAAUACUUGAAAAAUCUCAGUUAUUUGUUGUUAGCUGAUAACAAGCUUCGAUACCUUCCACCAAAAUUAUUUCAAGGUUUAGUUUCACUGAAGGGUCUUGAUUUGUCUUACAACUUCUUAACGCAUAUAAACGUAAAGUUUGAUCCUUCCGCACCUCUGCACUACAUAGACUUAAACAACAAUCUAUUAUCCAAAAUUGGUCCAAACAUUAGGCAGAAAUAUGACGAUGUCGCAAAACUGAACAUUUCCUUCAAAAUCUUCUAUCUUGACCUUUCUAACAAUAAGCUUUCCUGUACAUGCAACGACACUGAAUUUAUAGCAUGGGUUUCACGCACAAAUACCUUUUUCAUAGAUUUCAAUGCAUAUACUUGUACAUAUAAAAAUGGUAAGCGGAAAAAGUUGGCGUUGGCAUCGAUGUUAUAUCAGGAGUUGCUGAAGGACUGUGCUGAUUAUACUGUGUUGAUUAUACUUGCCUGUUCAGGACUUUUUUUGUUCCUAAUCGUUAUCACUGGUGGUAUCAUAUACCGAUAUAGAUGGGAUCUGAGGUAUUUCUAUUACUCCAUCAAACUUAGAAUGAACGGACAUACUCUAUUGAUCAAUCAAAAUGAUGAGAGAGCAUACAAAUAUGACGCGUUCGUUUCAUAUGCAAGUGAAAAUGCUAGAUUUGUGAAGAACGAUGUAGUGCCUGAACUUGAAGAUACACGUCAACUUCAGCUUUUGGUGCAUGAUCGAGAUUUUAGAGCGGGCGAAUUUGUCAAUGACAACAUCAUGCAAGCGAUAACAACCUCACGUAAGACACUGAUUCUAAUGAGUAAGGACUUUCUAAAGAGCGAAUGGUGUAUCUUUGAAAUGAAUAUGGCAAGAAUGGAAGCUAUAAAGACUGGAAGAAAUGUCGUCUGCUUGGUAAUGUUAGAAGAAGUACCUGUUGCAGGGUUACCCUUGGAGAUCAUGGACAUUAUACGACAACAAACAUACCUUGAACUACCAGCAAACGCAGAUCACAUGGACAUGUUUUGGGACAGAGUGCAAAAUGCUUUGAUAAACUGAAUAUUAUACAAUUAGUUUUUGUCAGCAUAUACUGAAGAAAAACAAACAUUUGUUUUAAAAUUGAAUCGGUAAUCAGCGAUAUUUAUAAGAUUUAUGCAUAAGUUAUAUAUCAAACCACAUCAAACAAAAAGUCACGUGAAAGAAACACGUGGCAUUACGAGACUAUUUGGGAUGCAAAUCAAUACCACAUAAAAACACAUAAGAUACAUAACAAUUAAACGAAACGAUUUAAAACAGCACAAAGAACACGCAUCAGCUGGUAAAUAGUAAAUAAGAAUUGUAGAACUUUGUAAUUGUAAGAAUUUUCCUACAUUUUUCAGAAUUUUCCUUUAGUUGUUUUGUUCAACUAAAAUUGUAUUUAUUUUUUUUUUCUGUAAAAAUCCUAUCAAUGUGU